AUACUAUCCCUAUUUCCUCCCACCAUUUUCUGUGGAAAAGAAACACAAAUAAGUGUGUGUUUCGUGCAUUGGCUCCAUGCUAAUAAUUUAUUAAUUUGUCGACCCAGGCAUGGGCAUCCAUUAGUUCCCUUAUUUCACUGUCCUCAGUCUCUGCUUUUACCCUGAAAACACUCUCUUUUGUCGUUUUGUUGUUAACUCCACUCAUUAUCCAAUCCCAACACUCCCCUACUCCUUUCUUCUCCCUACUCACUCACAACGGCACUUUGGAGCACAGCCACCACGAUUCCAACCUUAUAUUCUCACAUCUCUCCCUCACAACAUAAUCAUUCACAUUCACAUUUCACAUUUUUCUCCAUCCAAAAAAAAGCAACUAACUAGGUUAAUUAGUCACCAUCUAAAAAAAAAACACAAAAUAACAAAUAAAAUUAAAACCAAGCUUACACGUAUGGAUCUGUUAACAUCCACUUAUAUCACUCUCACUGCCCUUCUUUUUCUCACUCCCAAAGGUGUAACUGGUUCUACCUUCACAUUUGUGAACAGAUGCGAUUACACAGUAUGGCCAGGGAUUCUAGCAAAUGCCGGUACCCCAACACUCGGAAGCACCGGUUUUGAACUCCCCCAAGAAACUUCCCGUACUUUUCAAGCUCCCGCCGGUUGGUCCGGCCGGUUCUGGGCCCGAACCGGUUGCAACUUCGACAGAUCCGGUUCCGGUUCAUGUCUCACCGGAGACUGCGGUUCCGGCAUGAUUGAAUGCAACGGUGCCGGAGCUGCUCCUCCGGCUACCCUCGCAGAGUUCACUCUUGGAACUAUUGGACAAGACUUCUACGACGUGAGUCUCGUCGACGGUUACAAUCUUCCAAUGAUUGUGGAAGGUACGGGUGGGUCGGGUUCGUGUGCGUCGACUGGGUGUACGUCGGAUCUGAACCAACAAUGUCCGGCGGAGUUGAGAGCUUCUGAUGGAAGCGCGUGUAAGAGCGCGUGUGAGGCUUUUGGAAGUCCUGAGUAUUGUUGUAGUGGCGCGUAUGGUUCACCGGAUACUUGUAGGCCUUCUAUUUACUCGGAGAUGUUUAAGGCAGCUUGCCCUAGAUCGUAUAGCUACGCAUACGAUGAUGCUACGAGUACUUUUACUUGUACUGCUGCGGAUUAUACCGUUACCUUUUGUCCAUCUUCUCCAAGUAAAAAAUCAUCACAAUAUCCAAGCCCAAUGACAUCAACAACAUUACCAGGGACAGGGACAGGAUUAGGGACUCCUCAGAUUGGAACAGGGUCCGAAGGGGGAGUGGUAUACACAGGCACAGACACUCCAAUUGGGUAUUCAGUUCCUGUUUCUGGAGGAGAGACCAUGCUUGCGGAUGGAUCAUAUUUAGCUGGUUUGGCCAUGGGAGACUCAUCUACAACAUCUUUCUCUGCGUUUGUUUACUCCUUUGCUUUUUUGCUUAUUAUCUUAUUGUUUUAGUAUUUAGCUCUUUUGAUAUUAUCGUGGUCUUUUGGUUUGUUAAAUGUAAAUGGGAUUUAGAUUUUCGGGUUUUUGGGUUUUAUGAAUUUUGGCUUGUUGGCCACUAAAGCUGACAGAUUCUUCUUGCUUAUUCGAUCAAAAUGUUAUUCGGUCUUUCAUUCGUUAAGGUUUGUGCUUGUUUUAAA